AAAAGACUUCCUCAAAUUUUACCAUUUCGCCUCCAUCUCACCUCCGCCAGUAUAAGCCCCUUACCGCCACUCUCGUUCACACGACCACUCUUCCAACUGUCCUCCGCACAGAACGCCGACAUCCCCUGUCUCCAUCGUCUCCUUCUCCAUCGAUCCCCACUCCAUUCCAACACACCCGAAACUCCCAGAACCCAGAGUUCACAGAACCCAAAAUUGCCUUUCUCCUUCAUCAUCGCCUCUCCCUCACCUGCCAAAAUACUGACCCGAAGCCCUCUUGCCCCACCUCGCUGGUUCCUUCAUCUCCAAAGAUCGAUGAUUUCAUCUCCUCUCCCUUCUCGAUUCCACUCCUCAAAUCCCCAUUUCAUUCUCUGGCAACACCAACACCUUUACCAUUAAACCCAGUUGUGGCACCAUACCAACAAUUCUCCUUAGUCACUCUCGAGCAGACCCAUCUCAGACUUAACCAACAGCUCUGCAUUUAUUUCAGUUCAGAACCCAGCUUCCUCGCCGUGUCUGCUCCUGGACGCUCAUCUGAGCACAGAAUCGCAAAAUCAGUUCAAAGGGGCACCAGCAUUUCUGACCAGCAGAAACAGAGCAUCCGUUUGUCAUUCGUUUGCCUCCAGACAGUAGAUUGACACUUGAGCAGGGACAGGAUUCCCUCCACCGGCUUUAACAUCAGAUUCUUGGGUCAAGAUUUGGGGGUGGCGACUCCUCACUUUCCACUUCAGUGAGACAGAGUGAGUUUUCUGCUUCGCACUUUCCACUUCAUUGGUUCAUCAUAAUGAUUAUACUGGAAAUUUCUGCUUUUGGUUAUAUCUUGGAUGUUUGAAGAUUUGGCAUGAAACUGAUUUCUCACAUGAUGAUGAAGUUGAUCACUUACCAACAGCAUUGGAAAGAAGGAACUGUGGCAGGGCUGAAGCUACAUGGAGUGGAGGUAUUUGGGUGUCUUUUUGUGGGUCUAAAGGUUUUACCUUUUGGAAGUCAGUAAGCUACUUAAGUAGGGUUUAGUUCCUUCAUUGGUUAAAUUUUGAGUUCUUUUCUUAAAUGCAUCUGAAAGAGGGAUGUUCCUUGUUGUUUAAAGUCCACAAGCCUUCAAUCCCCUUUGUUUUAAACACAAAUCCAAUUCUCAAUCCAAAUAGUAAACCCCAGAAUGAGCAAAAUCAAACCUGUCUUGAAGAAUGUGAUGUUUUAAAGAGGUUGAAAAGUGAGUCCAGCAUUGUACUGGCUCUAGAUUACUUCAAGUCAAUAGCAAAUUCACAAGCCUUUCGACAUACCCCAUUAACAUACCGAACCAUGAUUGAAAAACUUGGUGUCCAACAUGAUAUAGAUGGUGUACAAUACCUUCUUCAGCAAAUGAAAUUAGAAGGGAUUAGCUGUAGUGAGGAUUUAUUUAUCUCUGUGAUCAAUACUUAUAGACGAGUUGGUUUAGCUGAGCAAGCAUUAAAAAUGUUCUAUAGAAUUGGGGAAUUUGGGUGCAAACCUACGGUCAAGAUAUAUAAUCAUCUUUUGGAUGCACUGCUUAGUGAAAAUAGGUUUCAAAUGAUCAAUCCUAUUUAUAGCAACAUGAAGAGAGAUGGGAUGGAACCCAAUGUUUAUACCUAUAACAUCCUUCUAAAAGCAUUGUGUAAGAACAAUAGAGUUGAUGGGGCAUGCAAGUUGCUUGUAGAAAUAUCUAAUAAAGGAUGUAAACCAGAUGUGGUUAGCUACACAACUAUCAUAGCUUCUAUGUGCAAGUUUGGUCAGUUGGAGGAGGCAAGGGAGCUUGCUAUGAAAUUUCAACCUAGUGUUCCUGUUUACAAUGCUUUGAUAAAAGGGUUUUGCAGAGAAUACAAAAUGAAGGAAGUAUUUCAGUUGUUAGGUCUAAUGGCAGAUAAGGGAAUUGAUGCUAAUGUUAUUACUUACUCAACAAUAAUCGAUUCUUUAUCAGGUGUUGGAAAUAUUGAAUUGGCUCUUGCAUUUUGGGCAAAGAUGCUUGUGACUGGUUGUAGCCCCAAUGUUCACACCUUUACUUCCUUGAUGAAGGGCUAUUUCAUGGGUGGGAGAGUAUACGAAGCAAUCAAUAUAUGGAACUGCAUGAUUCAAGAAGAAAUUGAGCCCAAUAUUGUUGCAUAUAAUAUUCUAAUACAUGGUCUAUGCUCCCAUGGGAAAAUGGGAGAAGCUUUAUCUGUUUCCUGUAAAAUGGAGGGAAGCAGUUGUUCUCCAAAUGUGAUCACAUAUGGUGCUCUUAUUGAUGGUUUUGCAAAAACUGGUGACUUAGUUGGUGCAUCUGAGACAUGGAACAAGAUGAUGAGUAAUGGUUGUGUUCCUAAUGUUAUUGCAUAUACUUGCAUGUUAGACGUCCUUUGCAAGAAUUCUAUGUUCAAUGAAGCUCAAUGUCUUUUAGAGAAAAUGUCAACUGAUGUCUGUCCUCCAAAUACGAUCACAUUCAAUGCAUUUAUCAAAGGCUUAUGUCGCAGUGGAAAAGUAGAAUGGGCUAUAAAAGUGUUAAAUGAGAUGGGGCAAUAUGGAUGUUCACCUAAUGUUGUGACAUAUAGGGAAAUAUUGUAUGGUCUUUUGAAAGCAGAAAAAAUAAAAGGAGCUCAUGAGCUAGUUAGGGAGAUGGAAGAAAACAGUAUUAAAUUGAAUUCAGCAACUUAUAAUACCAUCUUGCAUGGAUUUUGCAAUACUGGAUUAUUUGAAGAGACUUUGAAGCUUCUAGGGAAAAUGCUGGUAGACGGUGUGAAGCCUGAUGCUAUCACAUAUAACGCAGUAAUUCAUGCCUACUGUAAGCAAGGUAAGGUUAAGACAGCCAUCCAGCUUGUAGAUAGAGUUUGUGCAGGAGGAGAGUGGAAUCCAGACAUUAUUGCGUGCACCAAUCUUUUAUGGGGGAUUUGUAAUCAGAUUGGGGUAGAAGAAGCCUUCAUGUAUCUUGAUAAGCUGUUAAUUAAGGGUAUCUAUCCCAAUGCGGCAACUUGGAAUGUGUUGGUCCGGGGCUUGUUUAACAGGUUAGGUCAUCUCGGGCCAGUUCAUCUUCUGGAUGUUAUUCUAGCUAAUGGGUGAGAUGCACAAAUGUUAAUGUUUAAGGUAAGAGAAAUUCAGAAGACAGAUGUGUUGCCUAGCCAUCAAAAACACUGCAUACUCACAUCGAUUGAACUUCAUAAGUUCUUAUGUUGGAUCUUUAUUAUAUACAAUCACUUCCUAGUGCUUGAACUCUUCAAAAGGCGCAGAGGAUGACUGCAAUUUUUCUGUCAUCAGGUACAUGCCAAGCAACUCAUUGAGGAUUUUUAAUGCUUGUAGUCUUGGAUUGUCAAGAUUAUUUAUCUAAAAAUUGUACACUAUGUUACAUCUUUCUAAGGUAGUUUUUAUUUCCAUCAUAAUCCUAAACCAAGACAUUUAUAAUAAUAAAUAUCAUUAUUGUUUAUUGUUAUUAUUAUUAUUAUUAUAAUAUAUAUCCUAAAAAUUCUCCUUAAAAUUAGCUAUUUUGAAAUUUGUAAUGUAUUAAAAAUAAAAUAUUUACUUUAAAAAAUCAAAUUUGAAAUCUUUUCAGGUAAUUUAGAUUUAAAUUAUUGAAAAAAUAUUUAUUUAUUUAUUUCUAAAAUGCCUCUCUGAGAACGCUCCUAUUCCUUUUUCUUCUUCUUUCUCUCUCUCUAUCUCCCUCACUUCAUUCUGAUGUGUCACCUGAUAAUAAUGGUGGAAAGGUUACAAGUUGCCUCUGCAUCUAUCCAUUAGCAGAAGGUCAGCUCUUUUCAAUGUUAUUUUUAAUCAUGUUGUUUCGCAUGAAUGCUGACCUUUUUUUUGCUGUCAAGGGAGAAAAUCAUGGUAAAGACUCAGAUUAGGUGGUAUCAGACCAAAUUCUGAUCUUAAUUCUGCCUCUUGUGGCAAUGGAGGGUGUGACAAAAACUAGUGUUCUUUCACAUGGAUGGAAAAAACUUUGGACUUUUAUCCCCAAAUUGGACUUUGGUGAAUUCUGUGGGUCAAAAGAGAAAUGGAGUUCUUUCUAAUGCAAGGAAGUGAUAUGUGAACCAUGUGAAUCAUGUGCUGCACUUGUUAUCAGGUCAGUCUGUAGAUUAAUUCGUAGGUCAAUUUGAUUGAAUGAGAGGUUUGGGCCAGAUAUUGAUAGAUGGGUUAAGUUUGCAUUAGAAAGGGGAGUUCAAAAGCUUAAGAUGGACUUGUUUAGUUUUGAUGGCCUUCAUCUGUGAAGGCCUUACACUUUCAGUUUUGACAUCCUCCAUCUGGGAAGACCUUACGCUUGCCCACUUUUAAGUUCAAGCCUUCAAGGCCAUUCAGUUUUCCCAGUUGUCAUGCUCUUAAGAUUCUUCAACUGAUGUGUAAAUGUGUAUGAAGAUGUUUUUAAUUACUGUGUUGAAUUACCCAUGUCUUGCACGAUUUAGCUAAGGUGCUUCUAAUUCACUUAUUCAUUAAGUGUUGCUGGUCCAUCAUUUUGCUUUAAAUGCUUGGAGAUAGCCAAUUGCUUGUCUUUGAGAAGUUCUAAAAUUGAUGCAGCAAAUCGUCACUCAAAUCUAUCAGAGAAGAGAUAAGUUCGUAAUUUGUGGAAGGUCCUACUUCCUAACCUUUUUGAAGUAUCCCUUGGAGAGUAAUGCUGUCAAAAUUUGUGUACAAUUUUCUCCAAUCAUCAUGUGUAUCUCUCAGCUGGAAAGGCUUAUAUUUCACAUACCAAGCAUCAGGUCAAUAUGCAAAAACUGUUGAAUUAAGGUAUUAUUUUUUGAAUGUAAUCUUAGUUGGUUUGUUCACGAAGACAUGGAGUCUCUUCAGUUUCCUGUGUUUGAGUCAACUCAAAGUAGUGGAUUUGAAAGUUGGUAUGUAUGACCGUGAGGCCAAAGGUUUUGGUGCUUUCACUUCCCUGAUUAAGGCAUCUCCAUCUUGUUAUAGGUUUGCUUUGCAGGUGAUUGGCCUAGCUUUACCACUCGUAUCUUUUUUCUCUUCCUACCUAACAUCUGAGUUAGACUAAUGAACAUAAUUUGAGGGUGCAAUUGCAUUGUUAGUUAAUUUCCAUUUGGUUCAGUUUAGUUUAAUAUGCUGUAAAUUUUGGUUAAUUCAGUUUUUCUAUUUUCAGAAGUGAACCAACUAUGCUCACCCCUUGCAGGAGCAAUAUAGGCAAAUUGUAAACUGAGUUUUGUGUUUAGCAGGCUUUAGUUUUACUGAAAAAUUACUUGUAACAAACGAGGUAAAAUUAGUGAUAGAAUGUUACCUUCUUGCUGUUUCUGUAGCUUUGUGUGGUGAAAAGGAUACUGAUCAUAUUUUUCCUCCUCCCUAAGUUGGUUCUACAUGCUCAACUUUUUGAGUUCUAUUUCAAAUUUGAAUGCUGGUCAAUGAACUCUGACUUUGUGGCAAUGAGCUUUGAUGACAUGGAACAUUUAGACCUUUUACUAGCACUGCAAAUACUGAAUCAGAUAUACAUGUAUAUGUAUUUGUGUACAAUGUGAAAAAGUAAUAGGUUCACUAAUUCUAUUAUUCCAUUUUGAUUUUGUUCAUUAAUGUCAGGAAAGCAUGUCUUUAUCAAAGUCUGUGUUUGCUCAUGGUAAUUACUAUUUGAUCAAUAUUUUGUUGGGUGACAAGCCAAAUAUAACUUUUCUUUUUUCCUUUCACAGUUAAAUUGGCUUUUGACUUGUGUGAAGUCAUGUACGGUUGCCCCCUAAAUGUCCUCACCAUAGCCUGAAGGUAGCGGAAUUGGUUGGCUUUUUUAGGAGUGUUGAUCUUGAGCUUGAGCUUGCAGUGUACUUAAUUGAGAAUGCUAUCAUGCUUGAGAGGAUCAUUAUUGAUCCUGAUGAUCCAUUACUUGUGGGAAGUCCAUGGUUGGGGAAUGGGCAGUGGCAUGCUAGAAAAGGAUAUAGAAAUGGCUAGAAAGUGUGAACAUUAGUAAUACUGUGAUCUUUUUGGCUGCUGGGCUGUUGCUGAUUGAUGUGAUAUGCUUGUGUGAAGUAGGUCGAAUGCCUCUCUACUCAUCUAAACCUAUUCAUAAGCUAUUUUACUGAUGAAUUUCUUCAUUAAACAAACCUAAAUGCGAUACCUGAGUUUGGUUGUUUUUUAAAUUGAGCUGAGUCUCAAAAAUCUUACCAGUAAAAUAUUUAUUUAUAAUUUUAAUUUCUUGUUUAA